AUGCUACAAUUUCCAGAAGCCAGAGCACUUUGCAAAGGAUUGCAAGGCUCCGAAGAACCACCAGUGAAUGCAACAAGGGUUACUCAUCCUCCUGCUAAGGGAUGUGUUUAUUGCAUGGGUGCUAAGCUGGAAAUCAAUCUAGCAAUUUUAUCCAACGAGACUGCGAGAUUGCAGAUCAUUCUCGGUAUGGAUUGGAUGUCGUAUCAUUAUGUAAUCUUGGAUUAUGCUCGCACAUUGGUUCUUUUCCUCGAGCCAGGAGUCGUUCAGUAUCUAAUUGCUAACAAACUCGGAGUGUCGUUGAGAGAAGGAACUCAAGAGUUUAUGUCAUUAGAUAACAUGGAGGGAAAGAUAAAUGUGAGCAUAGAAGACGGGGUGCUUGUCAAGGAGUACCCAAGCGUAUUUCCAACAGAAAUUCCAGGAUUACCACUAGUAAGAGAUGUGGAGUUCUUCAUUGAUCUACACCCAGGGCUUUCGAAGAUUGAUUGGAAGUCAGGUUACCAUUAG